UUUGUUGGUUUCGAGAUGAUAUAAAAGCACAUCCUAGUGAGAAAAAAUACAGUAAGCGAUAGACGGACGUCAUAUAGUUCGAAAAGAUAUCCCUCACGUUAAUUAUGAAGUACUUGGUCGCUUUUGCCCUAUUGCUGACGGUCGCCUCUACGCUGGCUGACCUGAAGGAAGAGGCCAAGCAAAAAAUCAAAGUGGCCCACGAAAAAUGCCAGGGCAAUCCCGAGACUCACGUCGACGAGGCAGUCUUGGAGAAAAUCCGGAAGGGAGAGAAACCCGACCACCCUCAGAACCUCGGCGCCCACAGCCUUUGCAUCUCGAAGACUCUAGGUUGGCAAAAUCAAGAUGGUACCGUGAACAAGGCCCUCAUCACUGACAGAGCUACCCAGCAUAUCCAAGAUGCGGCCGAACGACAAAAGUACCUUGACGAGUGUGCGGUUGAUAAGGAAAACGAAAAGGCCACCGCCAUUAAUUUGUUCAAAUGUAUUGGUAGAUACACUCGUCAUCAGUAAUUCCGUGAAAGACAAUAAAUGACUUUCCGUA